UGAAUUUUUUUGUACGAACGACAUUGCCGGAGAACUGGUGAGGACGGGGGCGAAUCAAUGUCGACGGAGAAACUGCUAGACCGUCACGGCGUUAAGUCCGACGACGUGAGAAGGACCAAAACCGACGCGGCGGCGGAGACGCCGUUAUCUCACGGCGGAUUUCAGAUUUUCGAGGAGCUUCCCAAGGCUACGAUCGUGUCGGUGUCGCGACCCGACACCGCCGAUAUCAGUCCCCUGCUUCUUUCUUACACCUUGGAGCUUCAGUAUAAACAGUUCAAAUGGACAUUACAGAAGAAAGCUUCUCAGGUUCUCUCCUUGCAUUUCGCUUUAAAGAAACGUUUGCUCAUCGAAGAACUCCACGAGAAGCAAGAACAGGUUAAAGAAUGGCUGCACAGCUUGGGGAUAGUAGAUUUGCAGGGCUCAUCGGUUGUGCAAGACGAAGAUGAACCAGACGAUGGAGCUGUUCCUCUGCAGUAUUCUGAAGACGGUGUCAAGAACAGGGACAUUCCGUCUCGUGCAGCGUUGUCGAUUAUCCGACCAACGAUAGGGCGGUCGUCGCAGUGCCUUGUGGAGCAAGGAAGAGUCACGAUGCAAGGAUACCUCAAUCUCUUCCUCGGAAACUUGGACAUCGUGAAUUCACGAGAGGUCUGCAAGUUUCUGGAAGUUUCUAGGCUCUCCUUCGCUAAAGAGUACGGGCAGAAGAUGAGAGAAGGUUAUGUCAUGGUGAAUCAUCUCAGGAACGUUCCAGAGCCAGAUGGUAGCCGUAGCCGAUGCUGCCAUCCCCUUCACUGGCUCGGUUGGUUCGGAACUGGCUGGACAAAGGUCUGGGCGGUUCUGAAACCGGGUUUCUUGGCAUUGCUUGAAGAUCCUUUCAGCACAAAGCUACUAGACAUCAUCGUUUUCGACGCAUUGCCCUUCCAAGAUGUGAAAGAGAGUUCUGAGAAGCCGGGUUUAGCCGAGCAGACGAAGGGACGGAACCCGUUACAUUAUGGGUUUAGGGUGAGAAGCGGAAGCAGAAGCGUGGAUCUGAGAACGACGAGCUGUGUUAAAGUCAGAGAGUGGGUUACUGCCAUAGACGAGGCUGGCUGGUGCAAUCCUCACAGGUUUGGCUCGUUCGCUCCACCCAGAGGCUUGACCCAUGACGGUAGCCAGGCUCAGUGGUUCGUGGACGGUCACACCGCCUUCGAAGCCAUAGCUUCUGCCAUUGAAACCGCUAAAUCAGAGAUAUUCAUGACGGGUUGGUGGCUAUGCCCGGAGCUAUAUCUCAGACGGCCGUUUCAAGAUCACGCUUCUUCCCGGCUCGAUUCGUUGCUCGAGGCGAAAGCAAGAGAGGGCGUCAAGAUCUACGUUCUUAUGUACAAGGAAGUGCAGAUCGCGUUGAAGAUCAACAGUAUGUACAGCAAGAAACGGCUUCAGAACAUUCACAAGAACGUUAAAGUUCUUCGAUAUCCCGACCAUCUCUCCACCGGCAUUUAUCUCUGGUCUCACCACGAGAAGAUUGUGAUUGUGGAUUACCAGAUUUGCUUCAUAGGAGGGCUCGAUUUGUGCUUCGGCCGCUACGACAACAUGGAACACAAGAUCAGUGACUGUCCUCCUUACAUUUGGCCAGGAAAAGAUUAUUACAAUCCCAGAGAAUCCGAGCCGAAUUCGUGGGAAGACACGAUGAGAGACGAACUGGACCGGAGAAAGUACCCGAGAAUGCCGUGGCACGACGUCCAUUGCGCUCUCUGGGGACCCCCUUGCCACGAUAUCGCUCGACAUUUUGUUCAACGGUGGAAUCACUCUAAGAGAAACAAGGCUCCGAACGAGCAGGCGAUACCGCUGCUAAUGCCGCACCAUCAGAUGGUUCUUCCUCAUUACAUGGGAAGCAGAGAGAUCGAUAUCGUGUCUAAACCCGAAGGAGAGAAUGAGAGAUCUGGUCUGAGCAGACAAGACUCGUUCUCUUCCACCUCUCCGACUCUCGACAUCCCACUGCUUCUCCCGCAAGAAACCGACGCAGAAUUCGCAUCUCGAGUGCCUUCGGGAGAGCUGAAGAAACCGAGCAGUGGCUCGGGACAAGAUCUCUGUCCAGAAGAAGUUAAACCGGAUGAGUUUUCUGACAAAACUUGCGAAGCUAGCAACCAGGACGAAACGACGGACAACUGGCCGCUGGAGAUCGGACAACGAACGGAUUGCAGGUGUCAGAUCAUCAGAAGUGUCAGCCAAUGGUCGGCCGGAACGAGCCAGCCCGAAGAAAGCAUUCACAAGGCUUAUUGUUCUCUCAUCCAAAACGCUGAACACUUUAUCUACAUAGAGAAUCAGUUCUUCAUUUCGGGGCUCGAGAACGACGACACGAUCCAAAACCGCAUUUCGGAAUCGCUGUACAGACGCAUCUUGCAGGCUCAUGAAGAGAAGAAGCGUUUCCGCGUCGUGAUCGUGAUUCCUCUCCUCCCUGGGUUUCAGGGCGGAAUCGACGAUUUCGGAGCGGCCACGGUACGAGCGUUAAUGCACUGGCAGUACCGUACAAUCUCCAGAGGAAGAACAUCGAUUUUGGACAACCUCAGUGCAUUGCUCGGUCCCAAGACUCAGGACUACAUCUCUUUCUACGGUCUGAGAUCGUAUGGACGUCUGUUUGAAGGCGGUCCGGUCGCCACCAGCCAGGUUUACGUGCACAGCAAAUUAAUGAUCGUCGAUGACCGCAUCGCCUUGAUCGGAUCUUCCAACAUAAACGACCGGAGCUUGCUAGGUUCCCGAGAUUCCGAGAUCGGAGUGGUGAUUGAAGACAAAGAUUUCGUAGAAUCUUCGAUGAACGGAGAGCGAUGGAUGGCCGGAAAAUUCUCCUACAGUCUCAGAUGCUCAUUGUGGUCGGAGCAUCUCGGCCUUCAACCCGAAGAGGCGAAAAAGAUCGAAGAUCCGAUAUCAGACUCAACAUACAAGGAUCUGUGGAUGGCGACGGCUAAGAUGAACACACAGAUUUACCAAGCAGUAUUCUCUUGCAUCCCGAAUGAACAUAUCCACUCCAGAGCGGCAUUACGAUACAACACAUCUGUUUCGAAAGACAAGUUAGGGCAUACAACGAUCGAUCUCGGCAUAGCUCCUGAGAGGCUAAAGCCAUUUAGCAACAGAGAAUCCGACUUCUUCCUCGACCCGAUGGAGAGGUUGAAGGAGACGAAAGGACACCUUGUCUGUUUUCCGUUGCAGUUCAUGUGUCAAGAAUCAGAUCUCAGACCUUUUUUCAACGAGACCGAGUUCUACACUGCCCCUCAAGUCUUCCAUUGAUGAUACCUAUCCAGUAGUUUUGCUUCAUUUCGGUUACACAACCGUAACCGGUCCUGUCUGGUGCCGGUUUGCAUAAACCGGCUCGAGAUCAUGUCAGUUCAGGAGGGAUCGAUGCAAAUUACCAUCGGUUUACU